GUCUAAAAUAUAAAACUGUUGCAACUACUACGAGAAAUAACAUGGAUACAGAUAAUUUAACGAAACAGGCUGAGGAGGUUGAAGCACUGAGUUCUAUUUAUGGAGAUGAUUGGACCACAGAGAGCGACAUAACUAAAUCAUAUUGUAUUCGCAUUGAAGAAAAUAAAAAAGAGGCAUUGUUAUAUGUGACAAUGCCACCGGAAUACCCGACGUUAUCACCACCUAAAUAUGAGUUGUCGGCGCCGUGGAUGGAUAGGAAAGCAAAAGAAAAUCUUCAUAAUUCUUUAGAUGAGGUAUACUUGGAAAAUAUUGGAGAAACAGUAGUUUACCAAUGGGUAGAGAAAGUAAGAGAAGUAUUACAAAGUAUGAAAUCUCUUGCCAAUGAAAAACAGAAUACUGCACCGGUUAUUGAGUCCUUAGAUAUGUCACAGCUGGAGAUAAAUUGCCCUGAAUUAACACAUGGUGAAGUAAUUGCAGACAGAAAGAGCUCAUUCCAGGGUCAUGCAGCUGAAGUACACAGUAUCGAGGAAGUCAAUGCCGCAAUUAUGAAAUUAAAACAAAACAAGAAAGUGUUGAAUGCAACCCACAAUAUGUAUGCAUACCGUAUUGAAAAGAAGACAGAUAAAGGUACAACUAUGUUGCAAGAUUGUAAUGAUGAUGGUGAGGCUCACGCUGGUGGCAGGAUGCUGCAUUUGCUGCAGAUAUUAGACCAGAAAAACACAUUUGUUAUGGUUUCAAGAUGGUAUGGAGGGAUCCAACUAGGUCCAGACAGGUUUCGUCAUAUAAACAACGCAACCAGACAGGUUAUUCAACAAGCUGGCUUACUAAAGAAAUGACAUUCAACUGCAAGUAGAUAAUUGCAAUACUCUUAUAAAAAUCUCGGCACUAGUGCCUUAGCUGUGUUCUGACUUUGACAUAUUUUCUAGAUCCAUAUAAGAUCUAUAUUUAUAACUGUCCUAAAUAUAUUUGUAAAGACCUUAGACAAGAAUAAGAGGUUUAAAUUUAUCAUUCGUAUCAAGAAUUAUAGUAUAGGUACAUUUAAUAGCCUAAUUAUAAUCAUUAUAUUUUUGCACAGCACUCUGUUAUACCAUUAAAAUGAUAAAGAUACUGACAGUCUUACAUCGCUGCAUAGAUAUUCUUAUAUAUGGAGGUUUUUCAAAUCAAUGAUUAUCUCGCAUAUUCUUUGUACUUAUAUUAAAAUACAUUAGAUCAAAUAAUCCCAUUAUAUAUAUUCUAAAAAAUUUAGGUCAGAGGAGUCGAAAUGACAAAAAUUUCAUGGUUAAGAAUUUAAUUACAUUGAGAAUUUUAAAAAAAUUUAGGAGUACGGAAAAUCGUUUUUAUCACUACCCUACCAAUUCGGCUGCCUACUUCAAUUGAGAAGAACUGGCAAGGAAUUCGACUGCAACUGGCAUUUUUUUUAGACGGUUAUUUUAAUCACCUAUCACAGACAUUAAUAAUUUAAUUUUGAAGGAGUAGCAACAGAUAACCCUAAUGUUUUUUCAUCAUCAAAUAUCAAUUACCAGUUGAAACGUGUAGUAUAACUGUUAAACGUUUAAUUCAAUUUGUUUAUUGAAACAUCGGUUAUAAUAUAUAGAUUUGAGUAAGUAAAGUAGUAUAGUGAUUAAAAUUGAAAAUAUUGUGAUACUUUUCUAAUAGUUUAUUUUAUACUAGUUGUAAUCUUCAUAAUUCGAUAUUUAAGUUCAUAUAUAACUUACUGUGUAUAUACACUUUUUUAGUAUCACUUUAGCUAGUGCUGAAGUGUUACUAAAAAUAUGGGAUAAGGCAUUUAAUCAACUUAAUUUUUUAGCAUUAGAAAAUGAUCAGAAUAUGUAUUUGCUUAUGGAUGAAAUUAAAAUUACAUUUUUUUGUAAAAAAAAAAAUUGCAUUGAAAUUAUGACAUUGACUACAAUAUAAUAAUUGUUAUUAUAAUUUACCAAGUUAAGGUCAUAAUUUCGAUUAUAAAUGACAGUAAUUCUGUAAUGUAUAAAUCUGUCUGCACUACUAUAACAUGAAAUUUCUGGUUAUGGAGUAAAUCUCCUAUAGUAAUAAAUAUAAAUGUCAGGUGAUGAUAAUUAUUAUAUACUAUACUCGUAGUUUUGUUUUAGAUAAGUUAUAAAUUACUAUUGUGUAAUUAAUUAUGCUGAGUUAUAUUAUUUUGUAUUACUGAUUAUUUAAAUUGUUUUCCUAAAUGUGACACGUAAAUAUAACCAUAAUUGUUAAAAUAAAACAAUGAUUCAACUAUAUACUAGUUUAAAUUUGCCAUGAUAAUAUUAAAUAAGUUUUAAGUAUACUAAUAAAAAUUGCAUUAAUGAGUAUAAAUAAUCAAUUAUAAUUAUUGGUAAAUAAAGGACUCCAUUUUCCUAGGUUGAUUAAAUGUCCAGAUUAAAUAGUAGGAGAUAAUGAUCUAGGAAAAGAUAAUUCAAAUUCCCAUUUAUUUACAGUUACGACUGUAUGCAUUGAAAUAGAGUUAGAACCAUAAUUAAAAAAUAAAAUAAUGAUCCUUUGACUACCCAUAUGUGUGUUUUAUUUGUAUUGAUUAGAGUUAGGGCAUAUCAUAUAUAUAUAAGCCAUGCCCAUCGGAACCGGCCUGUGGCGCCCUUUUUUUUAUUCAUAUAGUC